AUGGCUCGCUUGUGUUAUUUGCUUGCGGCGGCCUCGGCCUGUCUCGGGGCAGCCGCAGCUCGGGAACCUACGGCCCAGGUCGUCAACGGCACUUACCAGGGCCGUCAUCUGUCAGAAUGGGAUCAAGAUGCCUUCCUCGGCGUCCCCUUUGCGCAGCCUCCGGUUGGUCAGUUGAGAUAUCGUUGGCCCCAAAGCCUCAACUCAUCCUUUGACGGAGUGCGAGACGCCACCCAGCAAGGGUAUAGUUGUAUGCAGUUCAGGGGCGACUUCAACGUGUCGGAGGAUUGCUUGACACUCAACGUUGUCCGGCCGGCCGGGGAACACAAGAAACCGCUUCCUGUCCUGGUUUGGAUAUUCGGCGGCGGCCUGUAUACCGGCUCCAUUGCCGACCCGCAGUACAACCUCUCGGGCAUCGUCAAAGUCAGCCAAGACAUGGGCCAGCCCAUAAUCGGCGUGGCCAUGAACUACCGUCUCAACAUGUACGGCUUCCUGCAGACACCGCAGAUCCUCGCCGAAGGGUCGAGUAACGCCGGCCUGCUCGACCAAAGACUGGCGCUCCGAUGGAUCCAGGAGAACAUUGCGGCGUUCGGCGGCGACCCGGACCGGGUGACGAUCUGGGGCGAGAGCGCCGGGGCGCAGAGCAUCGCCUACCACCUCUUCAGCUAUGACGGCCGCGACGACGGCCUCUACCACUCCGCCAUCCUCGAGAGCGGCGGGCCGACCGGGGCCCAACUCCAGAAUCUGGCGUACUACAACGCCCCCGUCGAGAACCUGACGCGGUCCGUCGGCUGCUGGACCGCCAAGGACCAGCUGGCCUGCCUCCGCGGCCUCAGCCAGGCGGACCUCUUUGCGGGGAACCCGAGCCAGGUGUGGAACCCGAUGGUCGAUGGGGACUUCUUGACGGGCUAUCCGAGCCAGCUGAUGCGCAGGGGCAAGUUCGUCAAGGUGCCGCUGCUCACGGGCGCCAACGAUGACGAGGGCAUCAACUUCAACCCCAACAGCCCCAAGCCGAACACGGGGGUGGACCUCUUCAACGGUUUCGCCUACUGGCGCUCCUACGGGCUCUCGCCACCAACGGUCCGCCGGCUACUAGAGCUGUACCCCGACGACCCCUGCGCCCAGCCGCCGCUCUCUAUCACGGACUGCUCCGUGUAUCCCGAGUACGGCCUGCAGUGGAGGCGGGGCGCCGCCAUCGGCGGCGACCUGGUCAUGAUCUCGGGCCGGCGCAAGAUGUGCGAGCUCUACGCCGGGCUGACCGGGGCCGACGCCCGGCCCGUCUACAGCUACCGGUUCGACCAGCUGCUGUGGGACCGGACGCGGCUCGAGGGCGUGCGGCACUUUGACAACGUCGCCUUCAGCUUCCAGAACAUCUCGGGCCUGCUGGGGCCGUCCCCGCAGUUCGACAGCCACGCGCGCUUCGCCAGGGCCAUCGGGCAGGCCUACGUCCGAUUUGUCCACGAGCAGGACCCCAACCCGCGGGGGGGCGGCAACGCCACGUACACCAACGCCACCGGGUUGCUGCCGUUCUGGCCCAAGUACGACGUGAGCGCCCCGAAGAACAUGGUCCUGAACGCCUCCGGGAGCUUCGUUGAGGAUGACACCUGGAGGAAGGAGGGCAUAGACUUCAUCAACAGCUACGAGGUGGCGAGGGAGCUCCUUGCAUGA